AUGGCGUCCAGGUUCCUGGGCACCAUGCCGGAGCCGUCCACCCCAGGAGUGUGGGAGCGAGGGCAGUGCUCCGUGUACACGCUCUGUGCUGACCACUCGCUGGUCAGACACCUGCGUGGGCUGGGCAUCCCCAGUGGGCUGGACUGGUCCUUGGACCACAGCACCUUCUGCCACGUUGACAGCCUGGACUACUUCGUGCCAGACCAGGGAGACAGAGACGGGCAGGACCCCGCAGAAGCUCCAUGCUGGUGGCAGAGGUGCGUGGGACACGCCAUCACACACCGGGAGCAUCGGGGUCUGCCCCGUCCAGCGGCCCCAGCCCUGGGGUCUGGGAAGCAGGGGGAAGGGACACCAGGCUGCACUCAGCGGCUCGCCUUCUCCUCAGGCCAUGGCGUCCCCAGGAUCGAGGCAUCGUGUCAGGCAGCGGCCCAGGAUGGGGGGUGCCCCGUGUGGGAAGAGGGGACAGGGCAGCUGCUGUUUGUGGACAUCACCGCCGGGCUCGGGCUGGUGCAGGCCACUCACGGGGGAGGACACUGCGUCAGCUGCGUGGCUCUGAGCCAGAUCGGGGCCUACGUGGUAGCGGCCGGCACCCACCUCGGCUUCCUGGAGUGGGAGACACAGCAGGUGCAGUGGGUGGCCUGGCUGGACAGGGACAAGCCCCACAACAGGUUCACCGACGGCAAGGUGGGCCCUGCGGGGAGGUUUGUGGCAGGAGGGCUUCUGGAAGGUGCCCAGAGGAAAGCCCGGGUGCAGCAUAAACCCAUGUUUGGCACGGUGUGGGCGCAGGGCCUCUUACUGGCACCAUGCCGGAGCCGUCCGCCCCAGGAGUGUGGGAGCGAGGGCAGUGCUCCGUCGAACCUGAGGCUCCUGUACCAGCUGCCACAGGGGCAGGGCAUGCCCGAUGGGAUGUGCGUGGACGCUGCAGGGAAGCUCUGGGUGGCCUGCAUCGACGGGGGCAGAGUGAUCCGCCUGGACCCCGAGACAGGAGUAUGGCUCUGCGUGGUGGACAUGCCUGUGUCCAGAGUCACAUCCUGCUGCUUCGGGGCCGACUAUGCGGACCUCUACGUGACCUCCGCAGCGCAUGGCCUGAGCCCGGAGCAGCUGUCGCAGGAGCCCCAGGCCGGACACGUCUUCAACGUCACAGGUCUGGGGGUGAGAGGGGUCGCACCUCGACCCUACCCUGGCUGA